UCCCUAGCUCCAAUAAAACCACAGAUCCCACACACGAAGCUACUCCUCUUACUCUUUUUCUCCAUUCCCCUGACUCACCUGAAAGUCAAGACGUCCCCUCCUUCCUCUUCUCGCCGCUACUUUCCAUCGAUCAAAUUUUGACUUAGUAAAAGCGAUCGAAGAAGAAGAUGUUUGGAAGGACACCGAAGAAGAGCGAUAACACAAAGUAUUAUGAAAUCUUAGGAGUUCCGAAGAGUGCUUCUCAGGAUGAUCUCAAAAAGGCUUAUCGUAAAGCCGCUAUUAAAAACCAUCCCGAUAAGGGAGGCGAUCCUGAAAAGUUUAAAGAGCUUGCCCAAGCUUAUGAGGUUUUAAGUGACCCGGAGAAGCGUGAGAUAUAUGAUCAGUAUGGUGAGGACGCUCUCAAGGAAGGAAUGGGUGGUGGAGGUGGUGGACACGACCCAUUUGACAUAUUCCAAUCAUUCUUUGGUGGUGGAAGCCCCUUUGGUGGUGGUGGAAGCAGCAGAGGUAGAAGACAAAGAAAAGGAGAGGAUGUUGUCCACCCUCUCAAGGUUUCGUUGGAGGAUGUUUACAAUGGGACAUCAAAGAAGCUUUCACUAUCUCGCAAUGUGUUGUGCACAAAGUGCAAGGGUAAAGGGUCUAAGUCAGGUGUUUCAAUGAAGUGUUCUGGCUGUCAAGGGUCUGGGAUGAAAGUUUCUAUUAGACAGCUUGGUCCAUCUAUGAUCCAGCAGAUGCAGCACCCUUGCAAUGAGUGUAAGGGUACUGGUGAGACAAUUAAUGACAAAGAUAGGUGCCCACAGUGUAAGGGAGAGAAGGUUGUGCAGGAGAAGAAGGUGUUGGAAGUUCACGUGGAGAAAGGUAUGCAGAAUGGGCAGAAGAUAACAUUCCCAGGCGAGGCAGACGAAGCACCGGAAACUAUUACUGGGGACAUAGUUUUUAUCUUGCAACAGAAGGAACAUCCUAAGUUCAAGCGAAAGGGAGAUGAUCUUUUUGUUGAGCACACGUUGACCUUGACUGAGGCCCUAUGUGGUUUCCAGUUCAUCUUGACUCACCUAGACAACAGACAGCUGCUGAUCAAGUCCCAGCCUGGCGAAGUUGUCAAGCCUGACCAGUUUAAGGCUAUCAAUGAUGAAGGAAUGCCAAUGUACCAAAGGCCUUUUAUGAGAGGGAAACUGUACAUUCAUUUCACUGUUGAUUUCCCCGAGUCAUUAACCCCAGAGCAGUGCAAGAACCUUGAAGCGGUGCUGCCGCCAAAACCCAAAAUGGAAGUGUCUGAAAUGGAAUUGGAUGAAUGUGAGGAGACUACUUUGCAUGAUGUGAACAUCGAGGAGGAGAUGCGAAGGAAGCAGCAAGCAGCCCAAGAGGCAUAUGACGAAGAUGAUGAUAUGCCUGGUGGUGCACAGAGAGUCCAAUGUGCACAACAGUAAUUUGGUAAUUGGUAGUGUUCUGUAUGCUUCAAGAAAUUAACAGGGCCUACUCUCCCCUGGUAAAGACCUUUGUCAGAAUAUUGCUAUCCAUGGUAGGACGUAGAUUACUAGUAAAGGAUUUGGGAAAUUUUAUUAUGCAAACUGACACUAUAAGCAGAAUUUUACUGCUUGACAAUUGCAAGUGUGCUUACAUGUUUUCGCAAUUUGUUGGUUAUUUUAUUCAAUUGAAAACCUAGCAUCUUACUUCUA